AUUCAUCCUGCGCUCUGAUUGGUCAGUUUCCAUAGGUUUCCCUCAGAACUGCAAGACGCCGAUAUUGCAUUACAUUGUGGCAAAAUGGCGGCUGUCAUUCAGAAUCCACUAAAAGCGUUGGGUGACCAGUUCUAUAAAGAGGCCAUCGAGCAGUGCCGCAGCUACAAUGCCCGCCUGUGCGCUGAACGCAGUGUGCGCUUGCCAUUCCUGGAUUCACAAACCGGGGUGGCCCAGAACAACUGUUACAUCUGGAUGGAACGCCAUCACCGCAGCCCAGGGGUAGCAUCCGGCCAGAUGUAUACCUAUCCGGCCCGUUGCUGGAGAAAGAAGAGACGGCUGCACACCACCACUGACCCCAGCCUGGGUAUCUUUGGUCUCCAGCUUGACAGCGGUCUCGUGUCCAAAGACACAUUGCCCACCCAGGGCACAACACUGGAAGCUCUGCUACGAGGCGAGGGUUUAGACAAGAGGAACUCCAGGAACGAUGAGGAGAGUUUGUUGGAGAUCCAGAGGGUUCUAGAAGCAGAUGCAGCAGAAGAUGCUUUCAACGAUGAUGAUGACUUUGAGGUGGACACUCCCAAAAAGCGACACCGGGGCAAGGGAAGAGGUCGCGGUUCAGGUCGCAGGAAGGCAGAUCUAGAUGAUGACAAGCCAUAUGUCUGUGACAACCGAUACAAACAAAGGAACACCAACAACAAGUCUUCAACUUCAGUCUAUGCAAAGCGCUACAAGAGCCGUGCGGGACUAAGUUACCACUAUACUCAUCCUCACCUAGCGGAGGAGGACAGGACCGGGGAGAAGAGCUCUGUAGCAUCCUCUUUACAGCCUACUGACCGGCAAAAACGCCCAAAGGCUCCAGUCGGGACCAUGAUUACCAACAGCUACUGUGAAAAAUGUCACAACUCUAACAAGAAACUCAUGAAAUCUGGGUCCCCCUGCACAACCUGCCAAUGCAAAGCUGACGGCCCAGAGGGCAAGGAGGACGGGAAUCAGGGCGGCGCAGAGGAGCUGUUCGCAACCACCUCUGAGAGCGACGCCUCCACCUUUCAUGGCUUUGAGGACGACGACAUGGAAGAGCCUACCGCUAACAGCAAUGGAUUAUCCAGCCGACACAGAUAGACUUAAAAAAAAAAAAAGAAAUCUGGAUUCAUCUGCUGCUUCUAUGCUCACCCUCAUUUCCCCCCAACUUGUGUUUGCAGAAAGCACAAAGUGAUGGUUUCUGGACACACAAAAAACAAGUGGUAUUUUAUUGACUGGACUUUAAUUUAUGGACUUUUAUAUCUAAAUAUAUCUAUUAACUUUGAAGUCAACUAAUGACUUACAAAAAAAUGUAAGUUUUUCCCUCUUUGGAGCAGAAGGAGCACUCAUGUAGUGAACAAAAGAGAAACACUGGAGAAAGCAUACAUAUGAACAAAUGAACCUUUUGAUGCAUAGAAGCUGUGUGAAUGUGGCUUCAGACCCUUUACUGGAUAUUAAUGAACCGAUGACCUUGUUGAGCUCCAACUCUGGAUUAUAUUCGUACUUAAACAUGAAGGAACCAAUGAAUGAACUACCGUGAAACUCUGUAGAUGAAGGCCUCUAUAUUUUUUCUUUAUGGACCUGAGGAGGUUGUUAAAAUAGAAGGAGCACAGGAGAUGAAGAGCAGUGACGAAGAAGAUUUAACCUUCCCAAACUAACAAGCUUCACCCUCCCUCCGCUUUUGGUCCUAAAUGUAACUGACAAGACGCGGACAAACCAACAUCCGCCGCUCUCAUGGACCAUGUGACUUCAACCAAGCUUUUGUGAUGAUGUGAACUCACCUCUUGGAGCAGCAGGUUCAUGGCGUCCACGGCAGAACUAUGGGAACACUAACGGGCCGGUUUGGGGCCCCUCACCCCCUCCCGCUUUCUCUUUCACUCCUGCUCUGUGACUGCGUGUGCGUGCGUGCGCGCGUGAUCCAAUGUGACACUAAGACGUCAUUACUCUCAUCACUGUGCCAGCCUGCCGCUCUGCACCGCAAACCAGCUCUGACAGCCAUAGCCCCCCCGUCCCCCCUGCCACAGAGUUGGUGUUCUACUCCACCACUCAUUCUUGCACACCUCAACUACUGACUGGGACGCAUCCCUCUGCUUCUUGCUCUACUUGUAUUAUUUCUAGGGCCAAUUUCAAGCUGUGUGGAUAGUUGGAAGCAGAGUGGCACCUCUGUCCUACGCUCAGGCAUCUUUUGUUGAUUGUUCGUGCACGGCAGAAUGCUGAGAUUGUAUUGGCAAGGAGCGACAAUGAAGACAUACACCAACGCUGUGAUGAACCGCCACCAUUACCACCACCUCAGUUACCAGUUUAAUUAUUUUCUGGACGUGUUUGUCAUUGUGUGUUUGUGUGUUAUAAGGCCGCCGAAUAAUAUCAUUUUUAACAUUUGAUGUUGAAGGUAUUAAAUUAGGGAUGGAUGUAUGACUAAA